AUGCAGGGGGCGAAGAUUCUCAACGACGGGAGGAGCAUGCCGCGCCUGGGGCUGGGAGUCUUCCGCUCUGAACCUGGACCCACCACCUUCCAUGCUGUGCUCACAGCCCUACAGUUGGGCUACCGCCACAUCGACACAGCCGCCUACUACCGCAACGAGGAGAGCGUGGGGGAGGCGAUCCGCGCGUCUGGGCUGCCGCGCGAACAAGUGUUUGUAACUACUAAGCUUGCGAGCAUGGGAGCGUCGGGAUAUGACUAUGAGGGAACGAUGAAGGCGCUCAAGGACUCGCUGAGGAGGCUCGGGAUGGACUAUGUCGACAUGUACCUCAUCCACUCUCCCAACGACAAGAAGAACCGUCUAGAGCAGUGGCGAGCUCUCGAAGACGCCAAGGCCGCAGGACUAGCUCGAAGCAUAGGAGUGAGCAACUAUGGGAUACACCACUUGGAGGAGUUAGAGAAGCACUUCAAGACUCUGCCGGCUACCAACCAGGUAGAGUUGCACCCGUGGCUGGCUCGGAAGGAGCUGGUGGCGUAUUGCACGGAGAAAGGGAUCGUGCUGACAGCAUACUCGCCCUUAGCAAAGGCCUCCAAGAUGGCAGACGCAGAGGUUCUCACCCUGGCAAGCAAGCACAAGUGUACGCCAGCGCAAGUGCUCAUCAAGUGGUCGCUGCAACAGGGCUUUGUGACCAUACCGAAAUCGACGAACCCCGCGAGGAUAAAGGAGAACAUGCAGGUGGACUCGUUUGAACUGUCCGAGGAGGAUCUGGUGAAGAUGAAGUCUUGGGACUGCUACAUGACCACCGGCUGGGAUCCAACUCGCUCCAUGUGACAUGUCGGGCCGGGCUGAACCGUUUGAACGGCUUCAUAGCAGUAAAAGAUGAUC